AUGCCUAAACCUGAAAAGCGCCGAAAUUGGUCCCACGACGAUGACAUGAUGCGUUUGGUACAAGCUGCAGCUGAUCAGCCGUUUGCGACGGGCAAAGGGCAAGUGUCAAAAGCAUGGCAGGCACUAGCCGAGACCCUCAUGACAAGUGAUGCGUUCACGCGCGUUGUGGAUGGGAAAAAAGUACAGUACCGAUUUGGACUCCUUAUCGACGAGCACCGACGUUUUGACGUGGCCUCGGCAAAGCUCUCUGGAGUCGACGAGGAAGAUUCCGAGAAGCACAUGAUCUUGGACGACCUUCUUGCUCGGCUGGAGGAGGUAAGACUCCUCGCAGCGUCGAGGUCAACGAAAACAAGUCAAGAGAAGGACAAGGCGGAGCAAGGCGGGCUUGUUGUUCGUGAAAUGGCGAUGCAAACACUCAAGCGACGUCAAGAGGUUUCUGAAGAAGGUGCGAAGAUAAGAAAGAGUGGGGAGAGUGGACGCACGAGUUUGUUUGCAGCGAUUGAAAACGAAGGUGAGCGUGACCGUUCAAGUCGCGACAAGGACUUGGAGUUCAGACGACUGAAGUUCGAGACAGAAAUUCGGCAACGAGUGCUCCAGCCUACUCACCCGCAGCAACGUGGCGUCGUGACGACUGCCCUACAAAGGGCCAAAGAAGUGCGUGCACAGGCCAUCGGGAGUGGUAAGGCCUUGAAAAUUCAGGCAAUGUCGACGUUUAUGCCCGAAACAUUUCAAAACUUCCCCGCAGCACUCUACGCAGUUGACGCAACGUUUCAGCAAAGCAACAGACCGCUUGGCAACCAUAACGAGGCCUUGUUUGCCUUCAGUGGCAAGCACCAUCUGUACGGGAAAAAGGUGGAGGUGUCAGUGCGUCCGUCGGGAUAUGUGUUGCACGUUAGUGCACACGUACCGGGUUCGGUACACGACAAAACGUUGUUCGAUCAAUGCAACUGCUUUCAUGGGACGGCGCGCAAGAAGAGACCCAAUGAACUUAAUCUCGAGGAUUCCUGCCCUGUGCGCGAGGAAGUCCCAAAUGAGUGGGCCGUGCUUGGUGAUCGAGGUUAUCAAGGAGUUCAACAUGUGUUUCGAGCAAUUCUGCCAGUCCGAGCGACUGAAGAAAACCGAUUGUCCCUGCAAAUAGACAAUAGCAAUCAACGUAUUGCGUCAGACCGGAUCAUUGUUGACAAUUGGUUUGGUCGACAGUGCACUCUCUGGGGUGUUGUUGCUGACAAGUACAAGUGGAGCAACGAAUUGUACGACCCGAUUUUCAGAUUUUGCUCUGGCCUCACGAACUACCACAUUCGCUUUUCGCCGUUGCGUUCAGACGAUGGUGACAAUUACCGGCGCAUUUUGAAUAGUUUGCAGCACAUUCAUGAACAAAUUCGUCGCAAGAAGAGACUCACCCAACAGACGUAUCGUGCACGACGUCAAGCUCGUCGCCAGGUGUCCAAAAUCGACUUUCCUGCAACUCCAUGA